UAAAAAAGUAAGGAAUUUUAGUUGGAGCUAGCUUGAUGAGUUCUUUUGAUAAUGUGUGUUUACUGAAUUUACUGAAGGAAAUUAGUUCAAAAAGGAAGACGAGAUCUACUGCAACAGCUGGGAUGAGAAACACUUCUUGAGAUCCAGUUGUCAUCUCCGAACAACGUCAUGCUCAUUGGCAAAUAAAAAUUGGUGGACCUGCAUUUUAAAACAAAACAUUCCUAGAUGAACCAGAUGCCACUUAUCACAUGGAAGCCGGUUUCAACAAGAUCGGACCGGAUUAAACCAGUUUGACAUCAUGGUAAAGCUGACCAUAGAUUUGAUUGCAAGGGCGUCGAGUAGCACGAGGAAGAAACGAGAAGAGGGUGUGCCGCAAUAUCUCAAGAGGUUAACGCACUUAUCAUUCGCAGAAAGGAACAUCCAUGAAAUUGAUGACCUUUCACAAUGUCGGAAUCUCUCGGUGCUGUAUCUCUAUGACAACAAUAUUAACAAAGUCCCCAACUUGGGCUUUGCCGCCAACCUCACCCAUCUGUACCUGCAGAAUAAUCUCAUCUCACAGAUCGAACUGUUAUCACCGCUGCAAAAACUCUCAAAAUUGUAUCUUGGAGGUAAUUGCAUAACAGUUCUUGAAGGUUUUGAGAAAUUGCAGCAACUGACGGAACUUCAUGUAGAACAACAGAGGAUACCCAAGGGAGAAAAGCUUCUAUUCGACCCACGGUCUCUUGCCGCACUCUCGUCAUGUCUUCAGGUGUUCAACGUUUCCGGAAACCGUCUCGAUGACAUCACCGACUUGCGUCUCCUUCAGAACCUGACGCAGUUUGUCUGCACAGACAACAAGCUGCGAGACCUUAAGACACUCGGCAAUGUGCUUGCCUGGUGGCCACACCUUUGGAGGCUGGACCUCACGGGGAAUCCACUGUGUCAAAAGGCAAAGUACAGGGACAGGGUGAUUGUUAUGAAUGAGUCGCUGGCUGUCUUGGAUGGGAAGGAGAUCAACCAGACUGAGAAGGCUUUCUUAAUGAGUUGGAAAGAAGCAAAGGAGAUGAAGAGGAAACAGAGAGAAGAGUUAGAGCAGAGGAGACCAGAUCUUGAUGGCGUCGGUCAACCACCACUACCUAUCAGUGGCUCAGGGCGUGAGCUACCUCCGGUCAUGCCACCCAAAGGUUCCAAAUCCAAGCAUAGUGGACUAAAGAACAUCUACAUCAUGCCAAGUAUGGUCGGCGGGAAGAAACGUUUCGAGGCCGUCUUGGCCAAGUCUCAGAGUCUACCGAGCUCGGCGUCCAAACUGAAGGAUUCUCAAAGUUAUACGGUCCCCAUGAGGCAAAUAGUGGCCCCUGGACUACUAAGGAAGAGUCAGAGUGACUUGGAACGAUCAGCGAGAGUAAUGAUGAUGCACGACUCACGACAUCCUGUUCAUCAUCGAGAGACGACGUCUCUUGGUCUAUCCAACGGUGAUGCUUCUCACCUGAUUAUGAACGGUAACCACACAGUGCCAACGACUGUACUCUUGUAGAUCUUUGAUGAACCCCCUUAAAAGAUCGCAACCUAUGGUUCAGACUUGUGUCAUCAAUACUGUGUGCUAUUUGAUUUGAGCUGUAAGUGUGGACUUUCGCAAAAAAAACGAGGUGCUUUGGCGCAAUAUGCUGCCAAUCAAACCAAGAACACCGGGCGGACCCCUUCUCUUUUUCGAUAAGUGCACUGGGUCAUUUUUUGUGCGUUACACAGCACACAGGACCAACGUUUUUACGUCCCAUCUGAAGGAAGAAGCAUCAUGGUCAAUUGUCUUGCUUAUAGAACACAAGUGUCACGACUGGGACUCGAACCCACACUCUGCUGAUCAGAAACACCAGAGUUAAAAUCCGUUGCUCUUAACGGCUUGGCAAUGACAUGCCACAUUAUGUAUGUACACUGUUUGUCUGUCAGAUAUUCAACAAUUUAAAGAUGAAAUUGAAAUGAGUGUCCUCCGUCCAGUAGCUUAUUUAAUGUCGUUCAUGGGUUCAACUGAAACAAGUUUUUGUUGUGAGCUCAGGACAACAUAGUGGGCUAAUUGCCCGUUUUCUAUAGUGGUUUUGUUGAUAUUCACAGCAUGUGUAAUUAAAGCCCUACUGCUAGUGCUAGUGUGCAAGCUUGAUACUUCACAGAGGCAAUUGCCCCCAUGUCAUUGACUUGGUGCCCCUUGAAAUGUUCUCAUUUC